UCGUUCCUCUCUCUCUCUCUCUCGACCUCGUUCGGACGGAGGGAGAGUAGAAUAAUGUCGUUUCCGAGUGCAGUAUGAAGAAAGGUAAAAGAAAAAACAAGAUGUAAUUGAUAAAGUGUAAGAGAAGCAGAAGCAGCUGGCUAUAGAGAGGAUCGUGUAGCGCAGUCGAAGCACGAGAGACCUCGAUGUGCCGACGGCUGCGCGUGGUGCUGCCAGCCGUCUUUGUAGCAAGAGGACCAUCAGCGCGUCAGUUAGAGGCGCUGAAGGAGAUUGAUAAGCUCGAGACAAGCCGAGAUAAGAGAGAAGCAUCAUGCUGACCAACGGCCACACGACCCUCCUCGCAACUGGCGUACUGCUGCUGAUCAUCGCGAGCUGCAGCCGAGGCUUCGACGCGCACCAGCGCGGCCCGAGCUUCCUCAUCGAGCCAGCCUCGAGGGUCGAGUUCUCGAAUUCGAGCGGCGCCUGGCUGGACUGCGCCGCCACCGGCAGUCCGCCGCCCAACGUCGACUGGUCGACGGCCGACGGUCUGCCGGCCCUCGAGGUGCCCGGCAUCCGACGCCUCCUCAAGAACGGCACCCUCGUGCUGCUGCCCUUCCCAGCCUCGGCCUACAGGCAGGAUGUGCACAGCGCCACCUACCGAUGCGUCGCCAGCAACUCCGUGGGCCGAGUGCUCAGCCGCGACGUCCAGGUUCGAGCUGUCGUGGCCCAAGCGUACAAAGUGGAGGUCGAGGUGAUCGGAGGUGCCUCGCGCGGCUGCACGGCCGUGCUCAGGUGCGUCGUGCCGAGCUUCGUCCGCGAUCUCGUGAAGGUGGUCAGCUGGCUGCAGGAGCCGGCCUUCUACAUCUAUCCGUCGCUGCAGGGCGACGGCAAGUUCCAUCUGCUGCCCACGGGCGAGCUCCUGGUGCACGGCCUGGAGUUCGCCGACCAGGUGCCGGGCUAUCGCUGCCGCACCAUGCACAGGCUGACGCACCAAGUGGUGGUGAGCUCGGUCGCCAACGUGAGGAUAGCCGAUCAUCGGGGUGUGAUGCCGCCCAUCAUACUGGAUCACUCGGAGAACGUCUACGUAGGCCAGGACGAGUCUACGUCGCUCGUCUGUGUGGCUCAGGCCUGUCCCACGCCCGAGUACAGAUGGUACGCUCAAACGGGAGCCGAGCCGAUGCUGGUGUUGCCCGGGCCUAGGACGAGACUGUUGGGACCGGUGCUGGCCAUCGAAGCGGUCACCCUCGAGGACAGCGGCGUCUAUCGUUGCGCCUCGUCCAAUCCCGGCGGCGAGGCCAGCGCCGAAGUCAGGUUGGUCGUCACGGCACCCCUGCACGUCGAGGUGUCGCCGGCGCUGCUGAGCGUGCACCUCGGCGGCAGCGCCGAGUUCCGCUGCGAGAUCGGCUCGCAUCCCCAGGCGGGCCCGCACUUCGUCACCUGGUACAAGGACGGCAGACAGCUGCCCGGCACCGGGCGUCAGAGCGAGCUGCUGAGGAUAAGCAGCAUCGGCCGCGAGGACCGGGGCAUGUACCAGUGCAUCGUGCGACGCUCCGAGGGCGACACGGCGCAGGCCGCCGCCGAGCUGCAGCUGGGCGACGCCCCGCCCGUCUUUCUCUACUCGUUCAUCGAGCAAACCUUGCAGCCCGGGCCCGCGGUCUCGCUCAAGUGCUCCGCCGCGGGCAAUCCCACGCCCCAGAUCACCUGGACCCUCGACGGAUUUCCACUGCCCACGGUUGCCAGGUUCGUGAUAGGCCAGUACGUGACGGUGCACGGCGACGUGAUAUCGCACGUGAACAUCAGCCACGUGGUGGUAGAGGACGGCGGCGAGUACGCCUGCACGGCGGAGAAUCGCGCCGGCAAGGUUAGCCACUCGGCCAGGCUCAACAUCUAUGGUCUACCGUACAUAAGGCUGAUCCCGAAAGUGACGGCCGUCGCGGGCGAGACGCUGCGCCUCAAGUGUCCCGUGGCAGGCUAUCCCAUCGAGGAGAUCCGCUGGGAGCGGGCGGGCCGCGAGCUGCCCGACGAUCUGCGCCAGAAGGUCCAGCCGGACGGCACCCUCGUCAUAUCGAGCGUCCAGAAGUCCGUCGACAGCGGCGUCUACACCUGCUGGGCCAAGAACAAGCAGGGCCACACGGCCCGUCGCAGCGGCGACGUCGCGGUAAUCGUACCGCCGAAAAUAAGCCCGUUCACGGCCGACCAGGACCUGCACCUUGGCGAGCGCACGACGCUCACCUGCUCGGUGUCGCGGGGCGAUCUGCCCCUCACGAUAUUUUGGUUGAAGGACGGCCGCAGCAUGGGCCCGUCCGAGCGCGUCACCGUCACCAGCGUCGAUCAGUUCAACUCCAUCCUGAUGAUCGAGGCCCUCACUCAGGACCACAACGGCAAUUACUCGUGCGUGGCGCGCAAUGCCGCGGCCGAGGUGUCGCACACCCAACGACUCAUGGUUCAUGUGCCGCCGCGCUGGAUCGUCGAGCCGAGCGACACGAGCGUCGAGCGUAACCGUCACGUAGCCCUGCACUGUCAGGCUCAGGGCGUACCAGCCCCGAACAUCGUGUGGAAAAAAGCCACCGGUGCCAAGUCUGGCGAGUACGAGGAGCUGCGCGAGCGACCCUACACCAAGAUCUUGGCCAACGGCACACUGGUGCUGCAGCACGUUAAGGAAGACCGCGAGGGCUUCUACCUGUGCCAAGCGAGCAACGGCAUUGGCUCCGGCAUCGGCAAAGUCAUCCAGCUCAAAGUCAAUUCUGCACCCUUCUUCGCCGCACCGUCGCGCCUCGUGACGGUGAAGAAAGCCGACACGGCCACGCUGCACUGCGAGGUUCACGGCGACAAGCCCGUCACCGUGAGCUGGUUCAAGGGCGGCAAGGACGAGAUGAAUCCGUCGACCAACUAUCGGGUAGCCGUCAAACAGGAGUCGACCCCGGACGGCGUCGUGGCCCAGCUGCAGAUCUCGUCGGCCGAGGCCACCGACAGCGGCGCCUACUUCUGCCAGGCGAGCAAUCUCUACGGUCGGGACCAGCAGUUGGUCCAGCUUUUGGUGCAGGAGCCACCCCAGGCGCCGGUCCAGCUCGAGACGGCCAUGCUGGCCAGUCGCAGUGUCAACGUCAAGUGGCAGCACAAGGCCCAGGACUCGAGCGAGAUCAGCCGUUACAUACUGCAGUACAAGGAGCUGUCCAGUGGCCCCGAGGGCAUGUGGCAGCAGCAAGAGCUCGUGGGCCCGCCUCUGCCCUACGCCGCCCUGAUCGACGAUCUCAAGCCCGCGACCCGCUACGUGAUCCGGGUGAUAGCCGAGGGCCCCGCGGGUAGAUCGGCGCCCAGUGCCGAGCUGGUGGUGCGUACCGAGCCCCAGCGACCCGCGGGACCGCCCGUCAACCUGGCCGCUCGAGCUCUGUCCUCGACGGAGCUGCUGCUCAGUUGGCUGCCGCCGAUGGCCGAGCUGCGACAUGGCGACAUCGAGGGCUUCAACGUGGGUUACCGUGAAAGCUCGGCCAGCAGUCCUUCGUUCAAUUUCACCUCGGUGCCGGGCGACGGCGAGGAAGGAGGCGCCGAGCUGAGACUGGCCGGCUUGAGGCCUUUCACGCGCUACAGCCUCGUCGUUCAGGCUUACAAUCAGGUGGGCUCGGGUCCGCUCUCGGAACCCCUCACGACGCAGACCCUCGAAGAUGUUCCGGGAAUGCCGCCGGAGGACGUUCGCUGCGUCGCGCUGACUUCGGAGUCGCUGCAAGUCUCGUGGCAGCCGCCGCCGAGCAGCUACGCCAACGGCAUAGUCCAGGGCUACAAACUCAAUUACGAGCCCAUCCUCGGCGAGUCCCAUCCCAGCGUCGACGAGAUGGAGGUGAGAAAAACGAGCGCCCUGACCAUGGUGGUAAAUGGGCUUCGCAAAUACACCAACUACAGCAUCCAGGUGUUGGCUUACACGCGAGUGGGCGACGGCGCGGCCAGCCGAGUUUUCUAUUGUCACACGGAGGAAGACGUUCCAGGCAGUCCGGCGGACAUUAAAGUGGUCGUAAGCUCGCCGCAAGCUCUAUUUAUCUCUUGGCUGCCACCGGUCGAGCCCAAUGGACUGAUAACCAAGUACAACCUAUACACCAGAGUCGUGGACGGCCGACAGGAGCUGAAUCACGGCAAACGGACGCUGCCCGCCGCGGACACGUACUUCGAAGCGACGGGCCUGCAGCAGCACGUCGAGUACCAGUUCUGGGUGACGGCCAGCACUCGCGUGGGCGAGGGCCAAAACUCCAAGGUGGCCGCCCAGGUGCCCACCAAUCGGGUCCCGGCCCGUAUCACCUCGUUCGGCGGCCAGGUGGUGAGGCCGUGGCGCGGCUCGGCGACGCUGCAGUGCAGCGCCGUGGGCGAUCCCACGAGUCGCGACUGGUACAAGUCCAACCUGGAGCAGGUGCACACGGACUCGAGCCGCAACAUACAGAUACUGCAGAGCGGCGAGCUCGUGUUCUCGUCGAUGCAGCCCCAGGACGCGGGCAAUUACACGUGCCAGGUGGAGAACUCGCAGGGCAGCGAUCGCGUUCACUAUCAUCUGGUCGUGCAAGUGCCGCCGAGCGCACCUGUGCUCUACGUGUCGAGCUCGACGUCGUCCAGCAUCUUGCUGCACUGGAAGCCCGGCCACAAUGGCGGCGCGCCCCUCACCAAGUACACUCUGCAUUAUCGCACCACUCACGGCACCCUCGAGGAGAUGCAGCUCUCGCGCAGAUCGACCAGCCACGAGCUCAAGGGUCUCAUGUGCGGCAACACUUACCAGCUGUACCUGAGCUCGCACAACAAGAUAGGCAGCAGCGCCGCGUCGCCGGUUCUGUCGGUGCGCACGCAGGGCCAGCCACCGGGAAUCCCCGCGGCCGCGGCCUUCCUGGCGCCCAACUCGAGCUCGCUGGCGCUGCGACUCGCCGCGUGGCCCGACAACGGCUGCCCCAUCGAGUACUUCGUCGUGCAGUACCGGCCCAUCAACGACUUCCACUGGACCCUGGUGUCGAACAACGUGCGCGCCCAGCGCCGCUUCCUGGUGACGAAUCUGGCCCCGAGCUCGGUCUAUCAGCUCAAGGUGGAGGCCUACAGCGCGGCGGGCAGCAACCAGGCCGAGUUCACCUUCGUCACGCUGACGCGCGAGGGUGUGCCCCCGGCGGAGUUGGCCGAGCGCGGGAUCGGCGGGGCCGGCGGCGCCGGGUCCUUCUACGCCGACUCGAGGCUGCUGCUGCCGGUGCUGGUGGCGCUGGCCGCCCUCCUGCUGGCCGCCCUGAGCAUCGGGGCGCGCUGGCGCAACAGAUUCUCCGGGGCGGCUGCUGGUCGUCGCAGCAGCGAGCGCAUGGGCAGGCCUCUCAAGGAGUCCCAGGAGAACCAGCAGAAUGCCGAGACCCAGCGGGAGAGAUACUACGCGACCAUACACAAGGUUGCCCUCCAAGCGAAUGCUGCUGGCAAGCCCGACAAGAUACCAGAGACGGCGGAGGACAUCUCACCGUACGCUACGUUUCAGCUGUCGGAGGGGGCCGGGGGAGGCCUGGGCGGUUUGGCCGGUCUGGGCGCCCUGGCCACGGCUGGCCAUCAGGAUCACUCCAACAUACACGGCAACAAUACGCUGCUGCACAGUUUCAUGUAUCACGAGCACGCGAUGACCGAGGGCUGUGCCAGUCCCCCACCUCGGACUACCACGCUGAAGAGCGUGACGUCGAGGCGCCGACAGCAGCGCAAGCACCCGGGCGACGAGAGCGACGAGAGCGAGUCUGACGCCGACCAGCUGACGAGCUCGCGGACCGAGUCGUCGAAUCAGCUCGACGCCGGCAAGCUCAAACACAUUCGAGCCGUGUCGGACUUCAUGUACCACGGAGCCUCGAGCACUUCCUCGGACAUAUCGCCCAUGUCCGAGCAAAAGUCUCUGCCCCGACGAGGUCGAUCCAGAUGGCACGUACCGAGUAGGAGCUCGUUGCGCACGAUACUGCCGCCCAUGACGGUGGCCGAAACGCCCUUCAACCAGGACGAGCAGCAACAUCAUCAUCAGCAGGAACACAGCUGCGACUUCGACAGUAUCAAGAAGCUGAAGCUCGGCCUGAGGAGCAGUUUGUGGUCGCGACCGGCCGCCUCGUCGUCCCAGCACCAGCAGCAGCAGGGAGGCGGCGGUGGAAAUAACAACGCCUCGUCCGACUACUCGAUCGCCGUCUAGCUCAAAAGUCGGCCUUCGCGCCACUUCCGAUGAUUACUGUACCGACCAACUUAUUAAAAAUAAAAAUUAAAAAUUACAAACCCCUCGAUCCCCCUCGAUCCCAUCCAAAGAAAAAAUUACUAAUGAUUAUUAAUAAUUAAAUAAAAUAAACCCACUGCCUAUAAAACGUGUAAAUAUCCUCUCGAGAAAUUUACCCCUUUGAAAGUAUAUUAGUGAACAAUACACGACGCGCAUUCGUAACGGACAAAAUGAACAAAAAAAAAGAGUUAUUAAGCGACAUCUACCUCAAUAAUAAAUGUACGUUUUUUGUAAAUAUCAGUAAAGUUGUAAAUUGCAAACGCACAGCCACACUCACAUAAAUCUUUUGACGCGAGACACAGAAUCACGCAAUGGGCAAAGCCAAAUACAUUCAAAUUUUUAUUCAAAAAAAUAUAAAUAUCUCAUAAUACAAAAAAAUAAAUAAAUCCGCGCGUUUAUGUAUUGACAAAGUAUCGCUACAAUAUACACGAAACCCAUGGGCAUUCGACGAUGCGCGCGUAUAUCAAUAAAAUAAUAAUACAUGUAAACCAAAUACAAUAAAUACCAACAAAGUUAACGAAUCUUUCUGUAUAUGUAUAUGAAAAACGAAUCUGAGUGUGGAAAAAAAGUUGUAGCAUAAUACGAAUCAAAUGAAAGCUCUGCGAGCCGAGCCUCGGGGGUGGUGUGCGUGUGACGCGCGUAAAGUUUUAUUCCGAACGAAUUUGAACAAAAAAAAAGAAACAGGAAAAAAAAGAAAAAGUUUUAUGAUCGAUGACAAUGUGAAACAUGUGCCAUGUGUUGGUGUGUGCGAGUGUUGAUCGGAAUCCACGGCUCGUAUUGCGACUGUUGUUAUAUUACUAUUAUUACUGUGCGAAUGAACACACGACGAACUUGCGCUGUGCCAUAUAGUGUGUGGGGGUUUGCGUGACAAAAUGUGAACGAGUAAAAAAUCAAAGGUUUGUGUGCGAUCGUUCGUUUCUUGGCUCAUAAUAUAUAUUAUGGGGCACACAUGCGAUAUAUAUGCGUUAAUAAAAAAUAGGGCAUAAACGUGUAUUUAUUGUGACUGUUGAUACUUUUCAUUACGAUCAUUAACUAAUUAAUAAAUUUAUCAUUGUAUUGUACUUAUUAAUUAAGAGGCGAUUAUAUGGAUAUAUAUUAUGUAUAGGGAUAUAAUGUACUUAACGAUCGUGUAUUAGUAUUUUCUAUACGUGCCGUGAACGGAUCUGUUUGUGUGCGUGCGAGAUAAUUGACGCAUUAAUGCUCGGUUCAGCUAUCGAAGCCGAGGCUCACGCGAAGAAUAUAAUCUGUACAAAUUGAUGAGAUCGAGCGAUUCGCAACAACCUCUCUCUAUAUAUAUAUGAAUGAAUGCAUAAAAUAAUAUUAUCCCCGCUUGUGACGCGGCGGCGUCCGACGGUAUAUAUAUAAUAACAUGAAACGAUUGAAAAUAUGUGUGUGUGCGAUAUAAAUGCGUAAAUAUAAUUGAUCCCCAGAUGACUUUUUCGCGGUCGCUCGACUCAUUAAAAACGAAUUACUUGUUUGUGUGUGUGUGUUUGUGUACCUGUUCAUGCGCGUGGCUGAUGAUUUUAAUUCAAUAAAGAAAGGAUGAAUUAUUAAUUGAUAAUGAACCACGACGAGAUCUUCCGAGCGUAAAACCAACAAUUUUGAUCGAAUUAGUUGAUUCGAUUGAUUUUUUAUUAUUAACUGCUGUUAUACACGAUAUUGCUUAUGGUUUUUACAUUAUUAUAUAUACAUGCCGUUGAAUAUUCGAUUAUUUUGUACGAAUCAUUGGUUUUAUAACGCGAGACAAAGAAUCUUUUAUCGUGAAAAAAUAUUAACACAAUAAGUUAGGAGAGUUAAUUCUGUGUCGAUUUACAUUGUGACGCGCUGUUGAUGAGACAAAAAAGCAUGAAAUUUACCAAGUUAGGGAUUUUAUUAAUAUAAUUAUUAUCAAAAAAAAAGUUAGUAAGGAAUGUCGCGUUAUACAUCAUGUUGUUUCUUGUAUGUAAGACUAUUUCAAGUGCCAAAGAUUUGAGCCAAGAACUAAUCACUCUUAGAAUGAAAAAAAAAUCUCGUUGUUCGUAAUUCAAUUUAAAGCCAAAAAAAGAAGUAGAGAAUGAAGAAACGUUCUCGACGGGAACGCGUAAACUGCCAAAAAAUAUCGUUUUUCGUACCCUUUUACCUUACCAAUGUUAUACAACACACGAUACACAUAUCUUGAAUUAUUAUCAAAACACAACUUGAACUUCCAACAACCGAAAAGACUGGCCGUAAUAAGCUUAAUUAAUUAACUAAUAUACCAAUUUUUUAUCGCAAAACCAAUUUUUGAUAACAAAGGAUCGAGCUGCAAGGAAUUUUAAAAAAAUUAAAAAGUGUAAACGUCCACCGAUCAACUUACACGAUGUAACGUGCUCACGAUAUUAUUAUACUUUCAUUCAUAAACACACACAAGACUUGGACAAGCGAAUUUCGUUUUUAUACGUAUCUACAAUAGAAUCAAAUAAACCUAAUAGUUUUAUUGGUGGAGAGUGAUUGACCUCUUGGGUAUGGAUUUUCGAAGGCUGAUAUUAUACGUGUAUAGACGUCUUUACGUGCUAAAAUAAUGAAAAAACGAGAUUAGAGAGGAGGAUGGUAAAUGAACAUCACCUUUCUUUGUUUUUUUCUAGACGACCACAGUGUGUAGUUGUUAAUUAAAAAAAAGUAACAAAAAAAGUGUACUCGCGAUCGCGCGUCUCCGAGCGAAUAAUUGUACCUUAUAAUGACAAAAAUUGCGAGUGGAGAAACAUGCAUAAGAUAUCUCUAUCUCUGGAAAAAAAAUUAAUGUAACAAAAAUAAUGAUAACGAAACAAAUUGUAACAACAAUUCUGCGUUCACGAGUAAUA